GCCAAAGUUUGGGUCAGAUCGGCUCGUGGAGUAAGCAGUCAAGAGAGACUUGGACUACAGUUAGCCACACGGUCCCCACGCGAAGGACACGAGAGCUGUACACUGCCAACUCCUCUCCUCCUGCCACAAGUUUCAGGCUGUCCCUCUUUGCGAGAUGGAAACCGCGACCAUCACCACCACGCAGACUGCAUUCACCUUUGGACUUAGCGAAAGACGCGCCAGCAUCAGCCUGCACGCCCCGGCCCAGGACUGCUCGGUGAGCGCUGUGCACCAGAACACCAACGUUGCCGGCUACCAAAGCAAAGCCAAGGUGCUGAAGAGACAGCGCUCCAGCUCUCCGGAGCUCCUGCGCUGCAAGCGUCGCCUGAGCUUCAACGGCCUCGGCUACUCCAUCCCCCAGCAGCAGCCUGUGGCCGUGGCCAGGCGGAACGAAAGAGAGAGGAACCGGGUCAAACAGGUUAACAUGGGCUUCCAGACUCUGCGUCAGCAUGUGCCAAACGGCGCCGCCAACAAGAAGAUGAGCAAAGUGGAGACGCUGAGGUCCGCGGUGGAGUACAUCAGAGCUUUACAGCAACUUCUAGACGAACACGACGCGGUGUCGGCUGCUUUCCAGUGUGGACUGCCAUCCCCGACACUCUCCAACAGCUACUCUGCCGACCCGGAGUCGCCUCACUCCACCUACUCAUCAGAUGAAGGUGGCUAUGAGCCUCUGAGCUCAGAGGAACAGGAGUUAUUGGACUUCACAACUUGGUUUGACAGGUACUGAGGCUGUCAUGUAAAUGAACCGCAUAGCAGCGUGUGCGCGCAAAAAAAAGAAGAAAAGCGUCUGACUUCUUCCAGAAAUGCUUCGAAAGACUCGAUAAAGGCAUCAGAUCUGUCUUGCUCUCUGUGCUUCCAAGUGAUCUGUUGCCUCCCUCACUCGGGCUGCUUCUGCAGGAGCAAAGCAAUAGUGACAAACAGGGAGAAUGAGUAUGAAUGCGUGAGAGAGGGAGCAUCUUGUUGCAUAGAGCGUAGUCCUCACAGGAAGGAGGGAAUUGGACACGUUGACGCGUGGAAGUAAAAAAAACUGUUUGAAUAAGUGCAAUUAAAAUGUGACACAGCAGACUCUGCAGGGACGGCGCUGUCUACAAGAUCUGUUCGUCAGUAGUUCAUCAGACCCGGACUGCCUUCCUCAGCUGCCACAUCUGUUGAAGAUGUACAACAUAAAAGAUGCGUCAACAGACUUUUGUUUUUCUUUUUUUCGUGAUGUACGUGUCCUCUCCUUUCAUAACAAAGCUGUACCAUACAACAAACUGUUUUAACACGAAGACAUAUUUUUGUACAUACAGUCAAACAGUGUUGUAGCAGAACGUUCACUGCCACUUUUUUUUCCUGACAGUGUUUUGACAACCAGCUGUCAGCGGGGCGGCGAGCUGGCAUGUAUGAGUUGUGUGACUGGGCAGCAACAUCAAGGCUACUGCCUGUAGUUUAUUUGUGUGUGUAUGUCUUUUUUUAAAAAAUAGUUGUCAAGGAGACAUUUAUUAAUGUAUGCACUCUCAGCUUCCCGUAGCCUAAAAUGUAAAUAUUUGAU